CUCCUUCAACUCUCCCGCAAGGCGUCGUACCAUGGCUUACGACGAUGAGCAUGCUGACAUUCUCGGCGGCCCCAUUUUGCAGAUACCAGAUACUGGUAUCCUGGGUCAAUGGUCCCAGUACUCGAUUCUAUUCAGGGCUAGUCUCAUCCUAGCACUUGGCCUAUUGGUAUCGCUCAUCUCAGUACGCGCCUGGGACAUAUGGAAAAAAAAUCAGGAAUUGGGCUACAGAAAAGCGAUGCGUCGCAAACAUGGAAUCCCAGACUCGGACUGUCGUCCCUUUGCUGUAGCAUAUGCUGCGGCCACCCGGGCGCGCGCUGAACGCGAGGCUCAGGAUAGAAUACAGGCCAAUAACGUCACGGAAAAGCCUCCGGCGAUAAAUAAUCAAGUUCCGUUGGCAGACGCGCAUGGAUUGAGGCGAAGGGCGGCCGAAUCUAGUGUGUGCAACUUUUUCGUGUUUUGUUGUCUCGAUCUGAUCGUUAUACAGUUACGAAGCCACAUGUUAAUCAACUCCCUGCCACAAGGCGUACCAUUUCUGGCUUUGAUCACAAGCCCAACGGAUUUGACUUUGCGCACCGAUAUAAUCCCCGCCUUCGGGAUGGCCUCCUUCCUCUCGCGCGCGAGUCCCUAACGCCUGUGAAACGUUCUUAUCGUCGCGCUAGCAGAAAGGAUCUUGUUUUCGACCCGAACGUGGCGGUGGAAGGCAAGAAACGAGCUUAUGAUCAUGAGGGCAAUCAUGAACUUGCAAUAU